AAAUUUGGGUGCAGCUCCAUCCACCCCUUCCUCGUACGACCAGCUAAGCUGCAUUUGAACUUCCCUUCCAAUUGGAAUAUUCCCCACAUAUUCUGUGUCUCUCUAUAAAUAAGGCCCCCCCAAACAUCUGCUCCCUUCAAAACCAACAAAAACACAAACAAAACACAUUUCACAUAUCAUGUGCGACACCCUCAACAACGACUACCACCUCCACGAAGAGCUCGGCCGCGGCCGCUUUGGCGUCGUCCACCGCUGCUACUCCCCGAUUUCCUCCUCCUCCUUCGCCUGCAAGUCCAUCGCCAAGCGCGCCCUCUCCUCCGACCCCACCGACCGCCGCUGCCUCGACGUCGAGCCCAAGAUCCUCCGCCUCCUCUCCGCCUGCCCCCACGUCCUCCGCCUCCACGCCGUCUACGACAACGACGACUACCUCCACCUCGUCACCGACCUCUGCGACGGCGGCGAUCUCUACGACCGCCUCGCCUCCGGCUGCCGCUUCUCCGAGCGCGACGCCGCCGCCGUCCUCCGCCAGCUCAUGUCCGCCGUCGCCUCCUGCCACCGCGCCGGCGUCGCGCACCGCGACAUCAAGCCCGACAACAUCCUCUUCGACUCGCGCGGCCGCCUCCAGCUCGCCGACUUCGGCUCCGCCGAGGUCUUCGGCGGUGGAGCCACGCCGCCGGAGAUGAGCGGCGUGGUGGGCACGCCGUACUACGUGGCGCCGGAGGUGCUGCUGGGCGGAAAUUACGACGAGAAGGUGGACGUGUGGAGCGCCGGCGUGAUCCUGUACAUGAUGCUUGCCGGCGUGCCCCCGUUCUACGGUGACGGCCCCGCAGAGACCUUUGAGGCGGUGGUGCGCGAGAGGCUGAGGUUUCCGACGAAAAUUUUCCGGUCCGUGUCGCCGGAGGUGAAGGAUCUGUUGAGGAAGAUGAUCUGCAGAGACGUAUACCGGCGAUUCUCCGCCGAUCAAGUUCUGAGGCAUCCAUGGAUGAUAAAUGGAGGAGAGACAGCGUUAAAGGAGGAGUAACUGCACGAAGAGUAGAGGUGGUGAACCGCAGAGGACGGUGUCUGCUCCGAUGGAAUGGUGAUGUUGGUGAGGUUUUAAGAGUGAUACAUCAAAGAUGGGAAAUUUGGGCGGGUUUUUAAAUACGAAACCAAGAAUCGCAUUACCCAAAUUUAGGUGUUUGUUUGUUAGGUGAGGUUGAUGAAUUGAACAAGAGAAGGAUGUAAAUUAAAAUGUCCUACAAAAUACUCCUAUAUAUGUUGUAUAUAUAUAUAUCACUUUGGGUGUU